CGCCUGGCGACCGCUGGGUUGCAGUGCUGUACUGUGUGUUAAUGGGUGACGUGCGUGCUCUUUCGGAAUGCGUGGGGCACAUGCCUUGCCGCAACAGCUAGUUUCAUCAGCGCUUCCAGCAACCCAGAGAGAGCGUUGCCGACGGCUUCAGUUCUUGUGUCGUGCGGUGCCAAUUCAUGAACGUUUUUCCCUUUCGCCCCGCAGUUGCCGCCGUACACCUUCAUCUACGCACUCACACCCGAACGCGAACCAUGGGCUCUUAUCGGGUGCGAAAGUUCGCACCUCUGAAUCCAGAGAAACCAGCGGCUGCAGAUAUUCCGAAGCUGGAAGGGAUAAUAUUUGACGUCGACGGCACGCUAUGCGAGCCGCAAAACUACAUGUUCCAAGAGAUGCGGGACGCUCUGGGCAUUUCAAAAGCGACCGACAUUCUCGAGCAUGUCCAUUCUCUUCCUGAUGGAGAACAGGAAGCCGCCAUGGAAAAGAUCAAGGCCAUCGAGCGACGCGCGAUGAAGGACCAAAAGCCGCAGCCGGGACUCACAGACCUGAUGAGCUAUCUGGAAAGACGAGGCAUCCAAAAAGCCAUAUGCACGCGCAACUUCGACCUGCCGAUCGAGCAUCUCCUUACGUCCUUUCUACCGGACCACAAGUUCGAGCCCAUCAUCACCCGCGCUUUCAAACCCCCCAAGCCGUCUCCUGCCGGUAUCAAUCACAUUGCUCAGUCGUGGAACCUGAGAUCCGCGUCCAAUUGCAUCAUGGUGGGUGAUUCCAUCGACGACAUGACCGCCGGUCACAGUGCUGGAGCCGCGACGGUUCUCCUAGUGAAUCCUGUGAAUGAGCACCUGGCUUCUCAUGACCACACCGACCUCUGCAUAUCCCGCUUGGACGAGCUGAUUCAGAUUUUGGAGGAGGGCUUCGUGGGGAGAGAAGAAGUGUCCGAAGACGAGGCCGCGAAGGGCAAGCCCAAGCUUGCUGGAGGGGCGAAGAUCAAAGGCGGACCGGAUAAGAUCAUCGGGGUCUUGAAGAGUGCUGGAAGGGAUCCUAGCCAACUGAGCAAGUCUGGAUAAUUCGACGCCUCGUUUUUUGGAUUAUGGUUGAGAAUAGACAGGAUAGAGAGGUAAAGAAAAAUGUGUAAUUCAUGUACAACCUACAUGACGCUACGCGAUCUCAAGCAGGGAUUAAGUAAUUGCUUCUUAGCUCACAUGUAUGCUGAUUCAUGCCUUAACCCGAAAAAAAAAGAACAUUUCGCUUGUCGGUAAACUGCUGCACAGCUACGUUUACUUGCUACCGCCGAACCAAC